UAUAAAAAUGGAGUGAAUUUCACAUCUUGCACUUUACUUCUUUUCCACAACUUGCAGUCUGACUGGGGUGGGACAUUCAACCCUAAUCAUGAGCAGGAACUUCUUAUCCAGAAACGAUGAGCUUCGCAAGGGAGACUUUCUGAUUUCCAACAACAAGGAGUAUAAGGCUGUCUUCCAGGAUGAUGGUAACUUUGUCAUCUACGGCUGGAAGCCUGUGUGGGCUUCAGACACUUGUGGUUCAGACGUUUUCCGCCUAUGCAUGCAGGCUGACUGCAACCUGGUCAUGUACAACAAGGCUGACAGUCCCAAAUGGCAAACAAACUCCCACAAGCCAGGAAAUUGCAACAUGUGCCGUCUUCAUCUGACCGACGAUGGCAAACUGGUGGUGUACAAGGAAAGUGAUGAAAUUUGGAGCUCUGCUAACUCUAGAGGCAUGAAAUGAUGUCAUGACAUGACAAGCCUAUUAAAAUUGAAUGCUUUGCAAAAGAAAGUCAUCUCUGGAUGGCAGCUUGAGUUACAAUCAACCUGCCAGCCAUGUAAUCUGUAAUCAAAUAAAAACACAUUUUCACAAUGUA